AUGGCUUCCAUGGCAACCGCACGACGCGCUGACAAACAUCUCCCGCAGGGGGAUACCAGAGACUCCGGCAGGGUCCCAAUGCCCUGCAGAAAGACCCCCCCGCUCAGCAGUGAUGAUGUGGAUCACAGACAGAAAGCUGCUCAGUUCCUCAGGGAAGCCGAGAAGAACAGGAGACAGAUUGAAAAGUUGGAGAAAGAGAUAUCACUGAGUGUCCAGUGCAGGAAGAACGGCUGGACCGAUGUGUGUGGAGACCUUGAAGAGAACGAGAAGGUGCUGGAGGACGAGAGACUUGCAGACAAGAUGAGUCUUCUAAAGGAACUGGUGAAGAUUCAAAACGGUGUGAAGAAGUUUCAGAGAGUGCUCAUAGAUGUGAAACCAACUCCUGAGUUGAUUGAAAGACUGAAGGAAAUAAUGUCCGAGGUGGAAAUCACCAUCAAUGCCCUGAAAGAGGAGCAGCGCUCAUGCCUUGAGGAGCUUCUGAAGGAGGAGAGGACGUGCAGACAGGAGAUCGCUGCUUAUGAGAAGAAGAUUGAAAACUGGAGCCUCCCUCUUAAAUCAGAACCCAAACUACCCACAACUCCCUCUGUUAAAAUCAAACCCCCAGACUGUGGUCUCCCUGCAGAGGUCAGAGCCCUGGAGUCUUACCUGCAGAAGACGGGUGGCCAUUAUGGCGGCUGGGACCAAUAUGACCACCAAGCAUUCCUUAAAGCCUGGACAAAGCAACGUGGUCAUCCAUCAUACAGGAAAGAGGCAAAACUUUACCUCCCCGAUAAAACACUGGAGGAGAUAGAGCAACACGAGGACUGGCAUCAGGAGCUGAUCAAUCUGCAAGACAGAAAGAGAGAGACUAUUCAGCGGUGGAAAGCCAGCAAACAUCGGGAACUACAGAGCCGGAUACAGAGUCAGGAGGAGGCCGUGGAGGCAGAGAGCAGGGAGAGGGAGGCCAAGAGCCAGCAACACAGUUUCAGGGCUGAGGAGGAAAAGAGGGAGGCACAACGACUGGAGGAGUGGAGGGAGAAGAAGAGAUGGAAGGAGGAGCAGGAGGAGGAGCAGAGACUGACUGAGGAGAUACAAAAGAGGACACGGGAAAAGGAGGAGCGUCGCCGGCAGCCGGAUGUGAAGUUGGCAGUUGAGGAGCAGCUGCGACUGAGGAGAGAGGAGGAGCAAGAGCAGGGGAGGAGGAGGAGAGAGGAGGAACAGAGGGAGAUGGAUGAGAGGAGAAGGGAGGCGGCAAAGGGGAUCAGACGCUUUAAUGAAAGGGAUAUUCACAAGUUAGAGGAAAAGCUUCAUACGAAACAGCUGAGGGAAAAAGAGGAAGAGGAAAGACAGAGGAGAAUCUCCGUUUAGUUGAAGUAGAAGGUUGAUUGUCACGCCAGCAGAGACCCCUCCAGGCUCACGUGUCCCACUAAGGGAUGGGAGGAGCUAAUGAAACACGUUGGACCUCCGGGAGAAGGACCAGUGCUGCACAUGUCUCAGAGAGCUGUUCCCACUUGGAGACAAGGCCUGUGA